UUCUUACCUUUGAAUCGUGAUCACAAAGAAAUCAGCGCAUUUAUUGUAACCUGAACCGCCUUAUAUUUCUCRAUAAAGCGUCCCCUCGCACAGUGAUGCCCUACAUGGCACCGGAAUUGAUCACCUUGAGCGCAUGGGCAAUGAAUUCUAAACUCUGCUUGUCACACGAAGGAUCAAGCAUGAACAAGCUGAAAGUAUUACUUGGAGUCUUGAUGGUAUUCAGUGUUAUAGUAUACCUAUGGGUUUACAGAAUACUUCCACGAAAAAACAAUGGUAGGCAAACUCGUGUUGCUUACACGCUGACAAAAACGACAAUAAAUCUUUUCGCAACACAAAACAAAGAAAAAAGAUACAAGGAAAAUUUGCAAAGUCAAUGCGGUUCGGGAUGGCAAGAGCGAUAUAUACGAUUUCACCACCAAGCAAUCGCGAAGCCCUCUAAGCACGACAAGUAUUUAAUUUACUAUUGUGGCGGGAAAAACUACGGUUGUGGUGGUUACGGCAACAGAUUGAAUGCCAUCUCUUCGCUGCUGCUUCUUGCUGUKUUGACCGACAGAGUUUUUCUCAUUGACUGGAAUUACUCCAUUCCUCUUCAAGACUAUUUUCUUCCUGGCCAAAUACGCUGGGAUGUUUCCGUUAAACAUGGAAGACGCAACUUUUGGGGAGCUGGCCGCCCAUCUAAAGUAACYAAAAGCGUAAGGCGGCCAUUUAUCGAACACAGGGACCUAAAACAAUUUGUCAUUGACACCAACUUCGAGUUACACUUUAAUCAACAAGUGGAGGUUGUCACUGCCAUGUGGUACUUUGCCGAAUAUUUAAUAUACAACAAAUACUUAGAAAAAAAGAUUGCCAGAAUGAGAAUAGGAAAUUGGCGUUUUUCUUGGAUUGGUUGCGCAUUUAACUUUCUUUUCACAAAAACACAAAGACUUCAAGAAAGACUUCGGCAAGCGCGGGAAUCGCUAGGAAUGGGUUCGGGCAUUCCUUUUCUUGGAAUUCACAUACGAAUGGGUGAUAAAUCAUUUGGGAAAAUUACAAAGAGGAGCGGAACAAGAACAAAGGAUUACCGGAAAAUAAURAAAUGCGCCCUCGCGCUACGGAGUACAGUUCUUAAAAGUCACCCKGAAGUCAACUAUAUAAGGAUAUUUCUCGCGACCGAUGACAUCAAURUAAAGCGCGUUUUACAACAGCGAUAUAAUAGCAUUCGAGUUCUAAAUGUGACCAUUGAACACACUGCAAUCUUUCGAGAGAAGAGAAAAAUCCCAUCGARAGAAGGCAUGAUGGGAAUGCUUCUAGAACACUUUCUAUUGGCUGAAUCCGACUUCCUUGUAUUGACUCAAAGUUCWUUUGGAGAAACCGCMGCUGGAGUCGGCCUGCAUUCCAGGAAAACAUACGUCUAUGGGGAAAGGUGUAAUAUCACUUAGAGAAACAAAUGCUCAGCAAAAUUAACCACAAUAUAUGCAAUUGUUCCUACUAAAA